AUGAAGUUUGGACGCACAAUCAAGACGUCGCUGUACAGCGAAUGGUCCUCCAAAUACCUACGCUACUCGGAGCUCAAAAAGGAUAUCAAGAGUCGCAUCGCUACCAACGGAGGAUCUUGGACAGACCAGGAUGAAGACGAAUUCGUCGAAGAAUUGCGCAAGGAGCUCGACAAGAUCUAUGAUUUCCAGAGAACAAAGGUGAGCGACUGGACUGAACAAUGCUGGGUGAUGGGUGCCGCCCAUCUUUGCAUCUUCAACGACCAGCCAUGCCGUCUGCGAUCAAUCUGCUGCUACCAAUUGAUGCGUAGCGUUAUGUGCAUCAGCCUGUUCGAUGAGCUUGACUAACACGCGCCCCUCUUCACAGGUCGCUGAGCUGACGGAGCGCAUCAACAAAGCCCAGUCCGAAGUCCACUUGCUAGUCUCCUCUCGCACCAACUCUGCUUCCUCUUUGCCCUCGCGCGCAAACUCGCGAACUUCUUCGUCGGAGGGCCACGGAGCCAACGACAACGUCGUCUACGCGCACGACGACGUCGGCUCAGACGAUGAGUUCGACAGCGAUACUGAGGAUGUCGACAACUACGAGGAGCGCUUUGUCGAGCUCGAAGAACGCCUGGCGGUCAUCAUUGCCGACGUCCAUGACUUGGCUCUCUUCACCAAGCUGAACUAUACUGGCUUCCACAAGAUUGUCAAGAAGCACGACAAGCAGACUGGCAGGCUCUUGCGCAAGGAGUUCGUUCAGCAUUACCUCUCCGCUCGACCAUUCUACAAAGAGAAUUACGACGCGCUCAUUGUCAAGCUGUCCAAACUUUUUGACCUGGUGCGCACUCGUGGCAACCCAGUCCAAGGCGACUCGAGCGCAGGCGGAUCUCAAAGCGCUUUUGUCAGACAGACCACCAAGUAUUGGGUACACCCAGACAACAUUGUAGCUCUCAAGCUCGUCAUCCUCAAGCAUUUGCCCGUACUCGUCUUCGACCCUGAGAAGGAGUAUCAGCCCGAGGACAGCGCAAUCACGUCCAUCUACUACGACAAUGAGGAUCUCGAGCUUUACCUUGGCCGUUUGGAGAAGACAGAAGGAGCAGAAGCAAUUCGUCUUCGUUGGUACGGAGGAAUGAGCAACAAGCAAAUCUUUGUGGAGCGCAAGACGCACAGGGAGGACUGGACUGGCGAAAAGAGUGUCAAGGCGCGUUUCCCGAUCAAAGAAGAAAACGUGAACAAGUUCAUGAGCGGCGAGUACCGCAUGGACGAGACCUUUGAGGCUUUGCGAAAGAAGGGAAAGAAGAGUGACAAGGAGAUCGACAGUAUGCUCCAGCUCGCAGGUGAGGUGCAGUACGCUGUCUUGUCUCGCGGCCUGGUGCCCGUCAUGAGGUCCUUCUACAACAGAACGGCCUUUCAGCUGCCGGGCGACGCUCGCGUGCGCAUCUCGCUCGACACUGAGCUUACCCUCGUUCGAGAAGACAAUUGGGAUGGACGUCGCAAAGCGGGAGACAACUGGCGUCGUAUGGACAUUGGCAUUGACUACCCGUUCGAACAGCUGCCAGCAGAAGACAUUGAACGUUUCCCCUAUGGCGUGCUGGAAGUGAAGCUGCAAACGCAAAUGGGCCAGGAGCCACCCGAAUGGGUGCGCGAGUUGGUGCAGAGCCACCUGGUCGAAGCCGUCCCGAAGUUCAGCAAAUUCAUCCACGGCUGCGCGACUUUGAUCGCCAAUCGAGUCGAUCUGGUGCCCUUCUGGCUGCCACAGAUGGAGACGGACAUUCGCAAGCCACCCACUAGGCAGCUCGAGAUUACCCGGCCUGCAUCUCACCACAACUCCAAUUCGUCUUCAAGGCCUGAAACGCCUGGAUCCACCACCGGCAAAUCUGCUGGAUUGGAAGGCGUGUACAACGAGCCUGCUUCGGAAGAUGAGUUUGAGGGCGCUGCUGACGACGAGGACGACCAUCACGCUGUUGCUGCGGCCAUCGGCAAGGAUCAUCAUGAGGCCAACCACUUGGGUCUUCAGCCUCACGAUCCGAGGGUGCGUGAGAUUCGCGAGCAGCGCGAGAAGAACAUCAAGGCCCGCCAAGCGGAGCUGGAACGCUUGCGAAAGGACAACCCCGACGCCACCUCGAACAUUGCAGCUGCGCAACUAGCCGCUGGAAGCUCCAACAUCCGUCUACAGAGUCCUGCAGGGGAGAGCGAGAGGGCAAGACGCUCUCGAGAUGCGAACAAGCCGAUCGGACGCGACCAGAUUCUCGCUACGAGCACCGACUUCGAUAAAAGCUACUUCUCAAAGCUGACGCCUGCCAACUUGAAACGUCUGUGGCGUGCCAAGAACUCUCGUGCUGGUGUGCCCAGCAGUCGCGGAGAUGAUGACGAUGAAGAGGAGGAUGAGGAGGACCGCAGAGCCCGCUUGGCACUGGAAGGACGGGAUGAGGAAGAGCCGCGUGGACUUGGCGCAGGUCCUGCACCUGGGGUGGAGUAUGUGACCAAUUUCAGAGCGCAGCCCGGCAAGAAGGUGUCGAUUCCAGUUCGCAUCGAGCCCAAGGUGUACUUUGCCAAUGAGCGGACUUUCCUCAAGUGGCUGGAGUUCAGCGUCUUCAUCAGCGCUCUUGCCGUCGGUAUGAUCAACUUUUCGCAACCUGGAGACAAGGUCGGGUUGAUAGCCAGCGCCAUCUUUACCGUCAUUUCCCUCUUUUGCAUCGCCUACUCUGGAGCCAUCUACAUGAUCAGAGCACUCAAGAUCAGAAAGAGGGAAUCCUCCAACAUCUACUUUGAUGCGCUGGGACCUUCUUUCCUGUGCGCCUUUUUGCUUGCGGGAACCAUUGUCAACUUUGUCCUGCGAUGGCGCGAGUCGCACGACUCUAGAAAAGGCAGGGGCCUAGUGAACUAG